AUGGACACAGCUCUCUGCGACGAGCUUCUCCAAGAUAUCUUCCUCCGCCUUCCUCCGCCGUCCCUCGCGGUGGUGCCCCUAGUCUCCAAGCGAUGGCGCCGCCUCCUUCGCUCCUCCACCACCUCCCUUUCUCUCCAAGUCCGGCCUCUCCACACCGCCGCCACCAUCACAUCUUUCGCCGCCUUCCUCACCCAGCACCCCUACCUCUCUUCUCUCACCAUCUCCGGCGGCGACGCCGCCGAUGACCUCCUCUUCCUCGCCGUCGCUUCCUCUUGCCCCAACCUCCGCCACGUCCGCUGCUCGAGCUCCCCCGCGUCCAAUUUCUCCCUAUACACUCUCUCGAUUUCUUGUAUUCACCUCUCUUCCAUGGCGAUUGCUCUUUCCAGACCACUGUCUUUCAAUUGGCUUCCCCUUUUCAAAUCCUUAAAAUCGCUCUCGUUGGAUUUCACAAACCCUUUGUCCGAAACCCUCAUCACCCAACAACCACAAAACGCGGCGUUUGAUGUGGGGUUGAACUUGAACCUGAAUCUUGAAAGCCUCUCCCUGUGUGGAAUCUCGCCGGGGGAUUACGGGCUGGGCUUUCUCUGGAAAAAUUGUAAGAAUCUCAACAAAUUGAAGCUCAAGAGCUGUGAGAGUGUUGGGGAUUACCCCUCAUUUUCUGAGUUUUUAGCCUCACUGAGCUCCCUUCAAGAACUGGAGUUAAGAACUUGCCGGAGCAUAGUCGAUUUCGUGCUGUUAACCCUUGUGGGAGCCAAAAAUUCCCUCGAUUCUUUACUAAUCUACGAUGGGGCCAGCAAGGAAAGCCUGCUUCAGUUCAUUAAUCAGAGCAGUUGCAGGUUGAAAGAGCUAGACUUGAGAUUACCGCUCGAUUUAGACAACUCCCAUUUAACAUCCAUAACCGAAAAUCCGAGUUUUAGGGGUUUGGUGAGUUUAAGGUUGCAAAGCUGCUGUCUUUUUACCGGUGAUGGGCUUAAAUCUCUCGGAAGGGCAUUCUCUGGUAGUCUUACGGAGCUUGCUUUAGUUAACUGUGAUGUUGUCAAUAGGGAGCCCGGUUUUUUAACGGAUUUGGGACAGAGUUUGAGAAGCUUAAGGAAAUUGGACUUGUCCUAUAACGAUAUGUUGAUCGAUAAUGAGCUUUUGGGCAUGCUCGCCUCGUGUAGCUUCUUGAUUGAGCUGAGAUUGAGGUGUUGUGGCCUGUUGACAGGUGGCAUUGUGGGCUCGAUUAUUAAGUGCUGUAAGAAGUUGGAGUCUGUUGAUGUAACUUGUUGCAGCCGGAUUAAAACGGAGGGAGUUGAUAUACUCGUGCUUAAUCUUCCGGUUUUGAGAAGGGUUGAGGUUGAGGAAAGUCAAGUAUCGGUUUUCGCUAGGAAUUUGUGUUCGAAUAAGUUUAUCGAAAUCGUAACUUGA